AUAUGAAACUUUACAGUUUACAUGUUACAUAAAUGCGGUUGUGAUGUGUGUAAUGCAUUGUCCCACAUAAUCACGGCACAGCACAAAGGAUCAGUACAUACUAUGCAUGCAUAUGAUCAUGUGGGACAAUUACAAAAGAACUGCAUAUUGGUUCUCCCUUUAUUAACUUACAAUCCAUUUGGUUUGCUUAUGGACAUUACAUUAGAAACAAAACCAGUUUUUCCUCACCGGCAAAAAACGAUCGAUACGUACGUCAUAUUGUGGACGAAACAGCCGAAUUCUCCAUCAAUUCUGUAACCACACAGUUGUAUAAAGUUAGUUUGAAGACAAAAAUUGCCAACAGUAAAAGUUGAAUAUUUAAUUAGCGAGUUACAAUUUAGGGUAAAUUGUCUUAACCUUUACUACAUCAUCCAGAAACAAUGAGUUUCAGUUCCAGGGGAGUUAAGCAAGUUCUGUUGUCUGUGGAACAAUCCGAAGGGGUUGGUGCAAAGGUGCGAAGGAGCAUCGGGCGACAAGAACUUCGCAAUUUUGACCCAUUUCUUAUGUUGGAUGAAUUCAGAGCGGGACGUCCGGCAGGAUUUCCAGACCAUCCUCACCGUGGUUUCGAAACGGUCACCUACAUCCUUCCCACGAGCAAAGGUUCUUUUGAGCACGAGGACUUUUGCGGGCACCGAGGUACGAUUGGACCUGGAGAUUUGCAGUGGAUGACUGCAGGACGUGGGAUUCUUCAUUCGGAAAUGCCACUAAGUGAUGAGAUAUCUCAUGGCCUUCAACUGUGGAUAAAUCUCUCUGCCAAAGAUAAAAUGUGUCCCCCAGAAUAUCAAGAGCUGAGAAGCGAAGAUGUUCCAAAAAUCACAAAGGACGGAGUGACUGCUAUAAUCAUUGCGGGAGAAUCUCUAGGAACGGUUUCGAAAAUUUACACAAGAACUCCGACUAAUUAUAUUCACUUCAUCAUGGAACCCAAUUCAAGGAUCGAACAAAGGGUUCCCUCGGAAUGGGCUGCUUUCGCUUACACCGUGGAAGGGAAAGUAAAGUUUAGUGCUGGGAAUUUUAUCGAUGCCCAUAGCACAGUGACCUUCAAUCCAGGGGGUGAUGGAAUUAUCGCAGAGACGGGGGAUGAGCCUGGUAAUUUUGUAUUAAUUUCUGGUAAGCCCAUUGGUGAGCCAGUGGUACAACAUGGUCCGUUUGUAAUGUCAACGCAAAAAGAAAUCAUUGAAGCAAUUAAUGACUACUCCCAAGCUAAAAAUGGAUUCGAAAAUGCACAAACUUGGGAAUCUGAAAUUGCAAAAAAAUUAAAUCAAGGUUGAGGUACAGAUGAGGUUGAGUAUGAGAUACAUACGUAGAUUUAUUGUUGUUGCUAAUCUUUGCUUUGAAUUGUCAAUUUAAGAAAAUAAAACUUUUAAUCUGCCUUUACACG